AUUUAAUACUUUUUAUUGUAUUUAUAAGGCUUUAAAAUUUAUCAUCGAAUUUUAAACCACAGCAUUAGUGCUAAGCCUAAGUACUUAGGGGCAGUAAAUUUAGUUAAAGACUUAUUUAAGUGGAGUUAACUUUGUUUUCCUGUGAAUUAAAAACUGUAAGUGUAAACAUCAAGGAAUUAACUGCAGCAACAAACCAACCUAACCGGAAAUUAAAAUGGAUUUGAAGCAUUCAGCAGAGAGUGAAGCUGUUGAUGUUUACAUUGGUCCAAGUGCAUCUACUGAUUUUAUGAAACCUAAAGAUGAAUCUGUGAAUGACACCAGCGAUGCAACGCAUGGAGAAACUGAAUACAAGGUCUAUAAAAGACGAUAUGCGAUAUUAGCGAUAUUCACGUUGUACUCCGCAUGUAAUGCCAUGCAAUGGAUACAGUACAGUAUUAUUAACAACCUGGUCACAAAAUAUUACAGUAUUAGCGACAAAUGGGUCGACUGGACAUCUAUGAUUUACAUGUUUCUUUACAUACCAAUGGUUUUUCCUGGUAGUUGGUUUUUGGACAAAAUGGGUCUACGUAUUACAGCUAUAGUUGGUAUUGUGGGUACCUGCAUUGGCUCUUGGAUAAAAGUGUUUUCAGUUGAACCAGAUUUAUUUUAUGUUACAUUCUUGGGGCAAUCUAUUGUUGCACUUUCACAGGUUUGCAUUUUAUCACUUCCAGCGCGGCUUGCAGCAGUUUGGUUUGGACCGAAUCAAGUUUCUUCAGCUUGCAGUGUUGGUGUUUUCGGAAAUCAGCUCGGUGUGGCAAUAGGAUUUGUUGUUCCGCCAACUUUGGUCAGUUAUUCCGAAAAUAUCGAUGAUAUUGGAGCCGACUUGAAAUUUAUGUUCUAUCUCUAUGCUGGUAUUGUGACCGUCCUACUUGUUGUAAUAAUUUUAUUUUUCCAAGAUAAACCGCCAACACCACCGUCAGCUGCACAGGAUGUUGCACAGCCAGGUGCUGCCGAGUCCAAUGUUUCAUUUAUGCAUUCAUUGAAAGAUUUGAUGCUCAACAGAAACUAUAUCUUACUAUUGUGGUCUUAUGGAACUAAUGUUGGCGUUUUUUAUGCCAUUUCUACGUUGCUAAAUCCGGUAGUACUUACUUACUAUCCAGGACAUGAAAUCGACACUGGACGUAUAGGACUUUGUAUUGUAUGCGCUGGCAUGGUCGGAUCACUUGUAUGCGGAAUCAUUCUGGACAAGACACAUAAAUUUAAAGAAACAACUUUGGCGGUAUACGCUUUUUCCAUGGUUGGGAUGUGGAUUUUUGCUUUUACCUUAGAUACUGGCCAUAUUGCUGUGGUAUACUUCACUGCAAUGUUAUUAGGGUUCUUUAUGACCGGAUAUCUGCCAGUUGGUUUUGAAUUCGGUGCUGAGCUUACAUAUCCAGGGCCGGAAGGAACUUCUGCAGGGAUUCUUAACGCUGGUGCGCAACUAUUUGGCAUUAUCUUCACAAUGCUAUAUUCCGAAUUGUUGACUAGUUACGGUGACAUUACUGCCAACGUAACUAUGGCAUUAAUGUUAGUACUGGGGACAAUUAUUACUGCUUUCAUAAAAUCUGAUUUACGUAGACAGACUGCACAACUUCCACCGCCUGCCCCAUAAACAUUUUGUACCUUCUGCACAAUAAAAGUGUGCUUAGCACAUGUGUCAACGUAAAAAUAUUUGAAAUAUUUAAAUUUAUCCAGAAAUUAGCCAGAUUAUAUUAACUGUGCUUAAAUUAUAAAGUUAAGCAAUUUAAUUAAAUUAAAUUAAAUAUUUGCG